UUUCAAAUAGUUCUUAAACAAUAUAUUUUUUUUAUAAUUAGGAACCUUUUGAGGAUGGCUUCGCAAAUGGAGAAGAAAGUACUCCAACCAGAGAUGCCAUGGUCACAUACACUGCAGAAAGUAAAGGAGUUGUGAAGUUUGGAUGGAUCAAGGGUGUAUUAGUACGUUGCAUGUUAAACAUUUGGGGUGUUAUGCUCUUUAUUAGAUUGUCAUGGAUAGUGGGUCAAGCUGGAAUAGGUCUAUCAGUUGUUGUAAUAACCAUGGCUACUGUUGUGACAACUAUCACAGGAUUGUCUACUUCAGCAAUAGCUACUAAUGGAUUUGUAAGAGGAGGUAAAUUUACAGUCUUUACACUUUAUCAUCUUACUAUUACUAAAUAAAUUGAGAUUUAAAUCUUAUUUCUAACUUGUUCUAUUUUUAUUUUUUGGUGGGAUUGGGGUUUGAACUCAGGGCUUUGCUCUUACAAAGCAGGCUUUUUACCGCUUGAGUCAAACCUCCAGAACAUGUUGGUCUGGUUUUUUUAGGGAUCUUGGAAAGUGUUUGAUCUGGGCUAAUUGUGAUCCUCUCAGA